GUUUACAUCGCAACAAAAACUCACUGUAAAGACUUCUUUAAUCUGCACCACAGCACCCAGUGUUUAUUCGAGGUUUUUUGCCUUUAGGGUACCAUUACAAUGGGCCUUCCUACUCUGGAAUUCAGCGAUUCUUUUUUGGACAGUCCUGAUUUCAGAGACCGUCUGAAAUGUCAUGAAAUUGAGCUGGAUCGUACGAAUAAAUUUAUAAAGGAACUUAUUAAAGACGGAAAUAUGCUCAUCAGUGCGCUUAAAAAUCUAUCAGCAGCAGUGCAGAAGUUCUCCCAGUCCCUACAGGAUUUCCAGUUUGAAUGUAUUGGUGAUGCAGAGACAGAUGACGAGAUUAAUAUUGCGCAGUCGUUUAAGGAAUUCUCUCAGCUACUGAACACAGUCGAAGAGGAGAGGAGAAGGCUUAUACAGAAUGCUGAUGAUGUCUUAAUCAUGCCUUUAGAGAAGUUUCGCAAAGAGCAAAUUGGUGCUGUCAAGGAGGGGAAGAAGAAAUUUGACAAAGAAACAGAAAAGUAUUACACUGUUCUUGAGAAGCACCUAAAUUUGUCCUCCAAAAAGAAAGAGUCAUUUUUACAAGAGGCAGACUUGCAGAUUAAUAAAGAGAGGCAGCUCUUCUGCGAUGCCUCCCUGGAAUAUGUCUUCAAAAUCCAAGAAGUCCAGGAAAGAAAGAAAUUUGAAUUUGUAGAGCCGCUCCUGGCCUUUCUACAGGGACUGUUCACCUUUUACCAUGAAGGCUAUGAGCUGGCCCAUGAGUUUGAGCCAUACAAACAACAGCUUCAGUUCAAUCUACAGAACACAAGGAACAACUUUGAGAGCACCAGACAGGAAGUGGAGAAACUGAUGAAGAGGAUUCAAUUGGCUGAGCAGGACUUCAAAGCGCCAGGCCAGUGGACCAUGGAGGGCUAUCUGUACGUGCAGGAGAAACGACCCAUAGGAUGCACAUGGAGUCGUCAUUAUUGCAGAUAUGAGAAAGAGUCGAAAAUGUUCUCGAUGAGUAACUCCGAGAUCAAGUCAGGAAGCAAACAAAAUUGCCUGGUGAUGAGUCCUCCUGAGAUGUUUAAGCUUAAGUCAUGUAUCCGGAGGAGAACAGAUUCCAUCGACAAGCGUUUCUGCUUCGACAUUGAAGUUGUGGAAAGGCAUGGUGUGAUCACACUGCAGGCUCUGUCUGAGUCCAAUCGCCGUUUAUGGAUGGAGGCCAUGGAUGGCAAAGAGCCGAUAUACACACUGCCAGCACUACUGAGCAAGAAAGAAGAAACAUUCCUUAAUGAGGCAGGAUUUAAUUUCAUUAGAAGGUGUAUUCAUCUAGUGGAGAUAAGAGGCAUUAACACUAUGGGCCUGUACCGAAUAGGAGGUGUUAACUCCAAGGUGCAACGGUUGAUGACCUCUGUGUUUGCUCCCAAAGCUCCUCCUGAUAUGGACCUUGAUCCUGACAUCUGGGAUAACAAAACCAUUACCAGUGGGCUGAAGAAUUACCUCAGAUGUCUGAAUGAGCCGCUAAUGACUUUUAGACUCCAUAAAGACUUCAUCUUGGCUGUCAAAUCUGAUGAUCAGAACUACAGAGUGUGUGCUGUUCAUGCGCUGGUCCACAGACUCCCUGAGCGCAACCGCCAGAUGCUGCACCUCCUUGUGAGACACCUUCACAUGGUGUCCCUCCAUAGCCAGAAGAAUCUGAUGACAGUGUCUAAUCUGGCUGUGAUCUUUGGCCCCACACUCAUGCGCUCUCAGGAGGAAACGGUGGCAGCCAUGAUGAACAUUAAGUUUCAGAACAUUGUGGUCGAAAUACUCAUAGAGAACUAUGAAAAGAUAUUCCAGCAGGCUCCAGAUCCUAACAUUCCACUGCCACAGCCUCACUCCCGCUCCAGUUCCCGCCACAGUAAAACCAUUUGUAUGUCAACUGGAGCCAGGAAGUCCCGCCUCUAUACACCUACCCUCUGCCUUGCUGAUGCUGACAGUGACACGUUCAGCAGUAGCCCCAGUAGCACUCCCAUGGGCAGCAUGGACUCUCUGUCGUCCCACUCCUCUGAGCAGAACAGCUGCUCCAAAGCUAGCUCCUCUCCAACACGAUCCAAACACAAGCCCUCAACAAGUCUGUGCUGGGCCACUCCCACAGGCUCCGCCUCACACUCCUCCAACGGGCCCCAGAGCCCCGCCCACACCACCACUAGCCCGGACUCCAGCUCAAAAGAAGAUGCUGCCAAGACAGAUGGAGAGUGGGAAGAAGUCCUUAUCACCAGACAUUCAAAACUGCUCCACACACCACCGCAGAGUCCAGAGGGGGAGGCAGAGGAGGAGAUGGAGGAGGACAGAGAGGAAGAGGGGUAUGAUAAGGAAGGGAGGGAUGAGUCCAGAGCAGGAUUGCACAGCCUGUCUGCCUCCUCCUCUCUAACAUCGCUUCACAUCUCUGAGGGGUUCAGGAGUUGCCACGGAUCUGUUCAGAGCCUCGUGUCUCGAGGUCAGAGGGACAGUCCAAAGCCUUUACCUGAGCUCCCUCCCAAACUCACAGGGGGCUGCAGACAGGACACCAAUACCAUCAAUGGUUAUCAGAGGCCUGGGUCUCUGGUGGCCUCUAAAGCAGCCAUUUUCAACACCCCCAUCACCUCCCAGCCUGCUCCUAACCUAAGAGCUGCUAGGGCUAUGUAUUCCUGCCAAGCCGAACACAGCCACGAGCUCAGCUUCCCUCAGGGGGCUGUCUUCACCGACGUGCACCCCUCAGUGGAGCCUGGCUGGCUUCAAGCAACAUAUGAUGGGAAGACUGGACUCAUUCCUGAAAAUUACGUGGUGUUUAUUGAAUGAGACCACACACAUAUAACAAGCCCAUGGUAUCCAUGGUAUGAAUAGUCUACACAAAGAUAUUCAUUUAUUUUAUUUACUGUAUCUUUGUUAGU